AUGGAAGAGUCAGUUGGCCAGCCCAGGGUGCUCACAACCUCUCCCCUUGCAGAGCAGCGAGUAGAGGAUGUGCGACUCAUCCGGGAGCAGCACCCCACCAAGAUCCCGGUGAUAAUAGAGCGGUACAAGGGUGAGAAGCAGCUGCCAGUCCUGGACAAAACCAAGUUCCUGGUGCCAGACCACGUCAACAUGAGCGAGCUCAUUAAGAUCAUCAGAAGGCGGCUUCAGCUCAACGCCAACCAGGCUUUCUUCCUCCUGGUGAACGGACACAGCAUGGUGAGUGUGUCCACGCCCAUCUCAGAGGUGUAUGAGAGCGAGAAGGACCAGGACGGGUUCCUGUACAUGGUGUACGCCUCCCAGGAGACCUUUGGAGCCCUGCUGUCGGCGUGAGGCUGCCACAGCCCGUCCC